GUGAUGAGGCUAUAGAGAAAUUAGCCCUUGCUUCAAAUAAUCCACAAGCAUCAUUGUAUGGAGUAGUGAAUCAAAUACUAUAUCCCUUAGUGCAAGGGUGUGAAUCAAAAGAUAUAAAAAUUAUCAAGUUCUGUCUGGGCACAAUACAGCGUUUAAUAGCUCAGCAAGGGAUUGAUGCAAAGGGAGCCAGACAUGUGGUGGAUUGCUUGUACAAUCUCGGUCAGGCAGGAGUGCUGGAGCUGAAGCUACUACAGACUGCUGCACUUUUGAUGACCACAUCUGAUCUUGUGCACGGAGAUACAUUAGCAAGAACAAUGGUGAUGUGUAUGCGCACGGUGUCUGCCAGUGAAGCGCGUGAUGUCAGCACCAGUCAUGCAGCAGCAGCUACUGUGCGGCAGCUUGUUGCACUUGUGUUUGAACGUGCUCUUGCUGAGGCUGAUGGUAAAUUGAAAGUGAAUCCCGCAGAUGUGAGAUUACAAACAAAUACAAAAGCGCCUAAAGAACUGAAGCCUUGUGCAACUGACGCAUAUCUUAUAUUGCAAGAUAUAAUACAAUUAAUAAACGGUGAUGCUGCGCAUUGGUUGGUCGGUAUAUCUGAUGUGCCAAAGACAUUCGGUCUGGAGCUGCUCGAUACUGUGCUGACUGAUUUCUCCGAAGUGUUCUUUAAAAUUCAAGAAUUUAGAUUUCUACUCAAAGAGCAUGUUUGUGCUCUCAUAAUAAGGCUAUUCUCACCAAAUGUCAAACACAGAGCUGCAUUCACUGCGCUGCACAUCCCGGGCGCGGGGGCGAGUGCGGGCGCGGCGGGGGCGGGCAGCCCGGCGCCCGA